AUGUUCCUGGCUGCCCUGUCCUUUGCCUACUUCUCUAAGGCCUUGUCUGGGAGUUACAUGAAAAGUACGAUAACCCAGCUGGAGAGGAGAUUUGAUAUCCCAAGUUAUUUGACAGGUGUUAUCGACGGGAGCUUUGAAAUAGGUAACCUAUUGGUGAUAGCCUUUGUGAGUUAUUUUGGUGCCAAGCUUCACCGACCUAAGAUCAUAGCGAUCGGAUGUGUCCUGAUGUCGUUUGGGACGUUCCUCAUCGCCAUGCCUCAUUUUAUUUUAGGACGCUAUAAGUUCCAAUCGUCAGUUAGAGCGUCCAUGAAUUCAACCACUAUCUUCGGUCCAUGUCCAGCAAGCUCAGCUGAGUCCACACAGGCAGGUGACAAGGCCUCUAUACUGCCGUCUGUAGGCUGUGAGCAAGAGUCCAGUGUGUCUAUGUGGAUCUAUGUGUUCCUGGGUAAUGUGUUAAGAGGGAUAGGAGAGACUCCUGUACAUCCGCUGGGAAUCUCCUAUAUAGACGACUACGCCAGGUCUGAGAAUGCAGCCCUUUACAUUAGCUGUGUCCAGACCAUAUCAAUCAUAGGUCCCGUCUUUGGCUACUUACUAGGAUCCUUGUGUGCCAACAUAUACGUUGACACAGGAUACGUGAACAUGGAGACUAUCACCAUCACCCCAGGCGAUGCCCGCUGGGUGGGGGCGUGGUGGCUGGGGUACCUCAUAGCCGGGGCUAUCACCCUCAUGUCUGCUGUACCCUUCUGGUUCCUGCCCAAGUCGCUGCCUAUUCCCGUGGAUAAGCAACUUAAUGCCAACUUCACCCCAGAACAGACCCGGUUCAUCAAGGACUCUCCCUCAGCCAUGGAACAUAAGUUUAGACCAGAGGAACCGGCCAACUUUCAUCAAAUGGCUAAAGAAUUUGUUCCAACAUUGAAGAGUCUACUGGGAAGUCCAGUCUAUAUAACCUACCUCUGCGUGACUAUUAUUCAAUUCAACUCUCUCAUCGGCAUGGUAACCUACAAGCCCAAAUACAUUGAGCAACAUUACGGAAAGUCAGCAUCAAAAGCCAACUUCCUAAUGGGCAUGGUCAACAUCCCUGCAGUGGCUCUGGGGAUGUUCUCAGGGGGGGUGGUCAUGAACAAGUUCAAGCUGGGCGUCAUGGGAGCUGCUAAGUUCGCCUUCGGGACCUCCCUGCUGGGGUACUUCCUGUCCCUCUUCUUCUUCGCCAUGGGCUGUGACAAUGCCAAGGUGGCUGGGAUAACCAUGUCAUACACAGGGGUGGAGGGUCUGUCGUACCAGCAGCCAACUCUGUUCUCUGAGUGUAACUCCGGUUGCCUGUGCUCCGGGAGUGACUGGGACCCUGUCUGUGGAGAGAACGGGAUCACUUAUGUGUCCCCCUGUUUGGCUGGCUGUACAUCCUCUACCGGAGAGGGCAAAAACACGACUCCCCAGACCGCUCGUCCAGACUCCCCAGACCGCUCGUCCAGACUCCCCAGACCGCUCGUCCAGACUCCCCAGACCGCUCGUCCAGACUCCCCAGACCGCUUGUACAGACUCCCAUAUUAUUGUAAUGUUUUACUCAGUGAUCCCUCCCCAUGUCCUCUCCUCCAGGUGUUUAACCAGUGCAGGUGUGUGGCGGUGACAGGGGCAGGUUCUCAGUCCAGUAACCUGACUGCCUCCCUGGGUCACUGUCCAAUCAGAGACAGCUGUGACACAAUGUUCCCCUACUUCCUCUUCUUGUCUGUCAUCACUUCCUUCAUCAUCUCUCUGGGGGGAACGCCAGGCUUCAUGCUUCUCAUCAGGUGCAUUAAGCCCGAGUUUAAAUCCCUGGCUCUUGGAGUCCACACGUUGGCCACCCGGACCCUGGCUGGCAUCCCUGCACCUAUCUACUUCGGAGCCGUCAUAGACACUACCUGUUUAAAGUGGGGAAACACAACAUGUGGAAGAAGAGGAGCAUGUAGAAUCUACAACACAACAGCCUACAGGGUAGUUUACCUGGGUCUGACUAUGGGCCUGAGGACUGUCUCUUUCUUCCUGUGUAUACUGGGCUUCGCUCUACUCAGGAGGCACGUCAAGCAGGAAGAGAAAAUAGCAUUGACCAAUGGGAAUGUAGAGAUGGAGUUCGAGUCUCUCAGGAAAGAGGAAAGCAACAACUCUAUCCACUCUGACCAGUUUGUAAGAGCGCUGGACUGUAACCCUGACAGGGAGACACGGCUUUGAUGGUCCUCAAUAGCUCAACAUGGCUCGACUCCAAGACGGGAUGAAACAGGUGUCGGUGUAGCGACUUUUGCCUACAUAAAGCUAGUUGUGAUCUCCCCCAAGUGGGUUAACCCUGUUGGAGUAGACUGUGUUUAGCAAGUUAGCCAACGGUCUGAGUUCACUACGACAGUAAUCAUUUUUGACAGUACCAUUGUUAAUUAUUUUUUGGGUGAAUAUUCAGCAAAUAUUUUUGUGAAAGGUGUCAGUACUCUGCGCUGGUACUCAAUACCAUUGUGUACCUGCUCCACUGACCCAAUACAUGCCCUGACAUCUCCUUUUCCGGUAUUUUUCCACCCUGAAUACAAGUGAUUUAGCGAGGAGAGACGAGCAUCAAGUAUAUUUGUACUGUAAUCCUGUAGAUGAUGUGAAAAUAAAUUGAUGUUUUUUUGUUUAUACAGUACCCAGUGAAAGUAUACACACCCCUUGCAGAGUAUUCACAUUUUGCUAGAUUACAUUUUUUAUCUAAAAAGGGAUUACAUUACAUAUUUUUCCUUCAGAUCUAUACAACUCCAUAUUUUCAAAAAGUGAACAAAAGUUAUUUCAAAGAUUUUACUGAGUUGAAGUUCAUAUGAGGAAAUUGUAAU